AUUGUUUAGUGCAUUUAUAGUGAAAUGUAAAUGUUUUUGUUUAGUGAAUUAGAAAUAUAUAAAAGUGAAAAUAAAGUAAUACCGGCAAUAAAUAAAUCGCGAACGCAUUAAACAAUAUCGUUAAAAAAUAUUGUUUUUAAAAAUGAGUGAAAGCUCGGCGGAGGAGUUGAAAACCGUUGAACAGCCAUCAAUUAGCAAUGAUUCAAAAUGUGAAAAUGUAACAACAAACAAAGACAAUCUGAUUGUUAUAAAAGAUUCUACAAAUCUCGCUAAUACAGAAAAAGUAGAAAUUGCUGAUGAAAAACUCGAGGAGGUAGAAGACCAAGCUGAAAGCUUAGAUGAAGUGAAACUCUUGGAAAAUACUCUAUGUUUAGACACCCAAAUUGAACAGCUAUCAGAAAAACAAACUUUAGAUACUGCAACUGAUGUAGAAACAGAAAAUAUUCCUGAAACCGAAAAGAGUAAAACCUCCUCCCACGAACAAGAAUCUACCCUAAAACCAGAAAUUUCCAACACAAACGAAGUGCAGACACAGGAAACAGCUUCACCUUUAGACACUCAAAUUGAACAGCCACAAGAAAAGCCCAGUCCCUUAAAUGAAACAAAGCCACCUUUAGAUACAACAACUAAUGUAAAUGCAGAAGCUAUUGCUGAAGCAAAAGACAGUGAAACCUCCUCCCAUGAACAAAAAUCAACAGCAAAACAAGAAAUUUCCAGCACAAAUCCAUCAGCAUUGAACGUUGAUAGUAAAACGAAGGAUGACGAGAGUAAAGAAAGUUCCAAGGAUGAAUAUGCCGAGCAUGUUACCUACACCGACGAUGGCACAGCUAUUUACACCGAUCCAAAAACUAACUAUCGUUAUAAAUGGUGUACCAAAGAAAACAACUGGAUACCAAAUGAAUCAACCACUACCUCAACAAAUCUAUAUGAAAAUGAACACUACAAAUGGUGCAGUGAAACCCAGAAAUGGCUACCCAAACAGACGCAAGUAACCGAAACUGAGCAUUACAAAUGGGAUGCCGAAAAUAAUCAAUGGGUGGCUAAAGUCAAAGAAACCGUCAAGGCGGAGCAAACAAAUCCCGCUGAAAUUGUGUAUGAGAUUGAUGAAGAUGGUCAACGUACUUACGCCGACAAAGAUGGUACGGUCUUCUUUUGGGAUGCCGAAAGGAAUGCCUGGUUUCCCAAAAUCGAUGAUGAUUUUAUGGCUCGCUAUCAAAUGAGUUAUGGUUUCAUAGACAACACUAGUGAAAGUGAAAGAGAGAAAGAGAAACGUGACCUAGAAGCGGCUAAGCAAAAAGAAAAAGAAUUGGCCCAAAUGGUGGAGGAGGCAAAGGCGAAUGAAGAAGCCUCAAAGGAGGAUGCCAAACAAGGUGGUGUCAAACGUAAACAACCCCAAGAGCCACCUAAAUGGUUUGAAAUAGAUCCUGACCAAAAUACUAAAGUCUAUGUAUCGAAUUUACCUCUGGACAUAACAUUAGAUGAAUUUGCUGAUAUAAUGGGUAAAUGUGGCAUGAUCAUGCGUGAUCCUCAGACUCAGAAAUACAAAUUAAAAUUGUACACCGAAUCAGAAGGUCAAAUUAAAGGCGAUGGUUUAUGUGAUUACAUUAAGGUCGAAUCAGUUGACUUGGCUUUGAAUAUUCUAGACGAGUACGAUCUUAGGGGCAAUAAGCUACGAGUGCAAAGAGCCCAAUUUCAAAUGAGAGGCGAAUACAAUCCGGCUCUAAAACCCAAACGAAAAAAGAAGGACAAAGAGAAACUGGCUAAAAUCAAGGAAAAACUUUUUGAUUGGCGUCCGGAAAAAAUGCGCGGCGAAAGAUCUAAACAUGAAAAAACAGUCAUCAUCAAAAACCUCUUCCAUCCUGAACUAUUCGAAAAAGAAGUGCAAUUGAUACUGGAUUAUCAAAAUGAUUUGAGAGAGGAGUGCAGCAAAUGUGGCACAGUUCGAAAAGUUGUAAUCUACGAUCGCCAUUCGGAGGGUGUAGCUCAAAUUAAUAUGUCUUCGCCAGAGGAAGCCGAUUUGGUGAUACAAAUGAUGCAAGGUCGGUUUUUUGGCAAACGUCAACUAACCGCCGAACAUUGGGAUGGCAAAACAAAAUACAAAUCCGAAGAAACCGAAGAGGAAAUUCAGAAACGUUUAAACAAAUGGGAUCAAUAUUUAGAAACAGAAGAAAAUAAAAAAUCUAAUUUGCAGCAGGAAGAAACCGAAAUAGAAAAAACUAUUAAUUUUGAACCACAAGAUAUUACAAGGCAGCCUCUUGCGGAUACUCUAAAAGAUAAAGAAUUGCUGGAAGAAGCUGGAAAUGAAAAUGUUGAUGAGACACAAAUUGAUGAAGAAGGCACUGUUGAGACUUCAACGAAUAUCUAAACGGACUUUUAAAGUUGAAUAACCUGUGGACAGGUUUAUGGAGAAACAUAAAGUUUGAAUUUAAAUAAACAUUAAGAAAUUCUCUUAACAAAUUGUGGUUUUAUUAAAGAAAUACAAAACAAAACAGAACUUAAAAUUAAUUAAUUAAA